AUGUCCCGUCUGCCCAUUCGCCAGCAUGUGAACGCCGCUGCGUCACGGUUCGCAAAAGAUCGACUCGCCUGCAGCAGCGCAGUUACUGAGCACCUGAAGCCUUCCAACAACAGCCUCCGCAUACAAAAUGAGGACGAAUCAAUGUGGGCCAACGAGGAGCCUGUCUGGAAGCCGUGGCAAUUCGUAGAAUCCCCCGGCUACGCACCUCUCCAGCUUGAGGAAGAGAUUGUCGGCCAGUACGCGCAAUACAAGGUCAACCGAAAGCUCGGCUGGGGAACCGAGUCUAGCAUCUGGCUGGUGGAGCGGGUGGCUUCAGAACAUAAAGAUUUGAAGCCUGGGAGGCUUCUGGUAGCCAAGGUCCUGACCGCUCACGCCUCUGAGCUCGAAUUCGGAAAGAGUACCUGUCAAGUCCCUCUGUUGGGUGCUGUCAUCGCGCACUCUAAACGGGCCGCCGCAAGCGUAGACACGAACACAUUUUACAUCCCCGGCGUGGAACACAUUACCUCUAUGAUGGAUUGGGGCGCCCAUCGCACUCGAAUCGGCGUGCAUGUCUUCACCGUCUUGGCGCCGAUGUCGACCACGUUGUAUAGAGUGCAGCGUGCGUUGCAGACGGUCGACACCGACCGCGAUGUGAUACUCGUCCGACGUGUCGUCAUACAGAUUUUACACGCCCUCUCGUGCGUCCACCAACUGGGUUAUAUACAUGGAGAUGUCAAGGCUGACAACAUCUGCGUACCUGUGUUUGACGCACUCAUUCCUGAUCUGAAGAGCCCCGAUCCGGUCACAUGCGUCAAAUCGCAGCCAUACCCUCCGAUCGGGGACCACCACCAUGCGGACAAAAUCUACCUUCAGCUCGCGGACUUUAGCAGCGCGAUCCGCACGUCCAGUUACUCCACCACACAGCGGGCCAUGCCCAGGAUGCUGCGUGCACCGGAGGUCAUCUUAGGCCGUCGCUGGGGCCAGCCCAUCGACAUUUGGGCCCUUGGAUGCUUGGCUGCAGAGCUUCUUCUGCACAGACCGCUCUUCGAUCCAGGUGAUAACGAGGACGACGCGACUGACAGCGAGCACCUCGCACAGAUGGUGGAGGUGCUCGGGCCGUUUUCUCAGGGGGCGCUCGCGAAAUGCCCGCUCACAAACACAUUCUUCAACGCGAACGGUUCGCUGAACUCUGCCGGCGGGGGCCGACGCGUUCACGUCCCGUCGCUUCGCCAUAGUCUCGCGCAGGUCGGGCUGACUGGCACAACGCUGGACGAGGUGGACGUGCUUCUGCGCCGGAUGUUGGCGUUGGACCCAGACGGUCGUCCCACUGCGAGCGAACUUCUCGACGAUCCUUUCGUCAGAGACUUUGAUCUCCGAACGAAUACUUUCCUCUAA